AUGCCAAACAAAAAGACUAGUGUGGUUGCUGAUAAAGCAUGGAAUCUCUUGCGUUUAGCAUUCUUAUGGGCAAGAAAAGCUUCUGUGUUUAAGAUCAAGGGCCAUGGAAAUAAAGCUCCCACUGAUCAAAUCCCUUAUUGGGAACGUCAGCUCUCCUUUGAUAAAACUCCUGAUUUCCAGGUCAAGAAGGGUCGUCUUGCUGGCUCCAUGCGCUUCCUUUUCCCUUGCACAGGCGCAAAGGCAGUUGAAUUCGAGUACGAUGUUGGUGCUGAUGAAGCUGGUGGACUUUAUGGCAAUGAUAGCGGAAGGGAAACUUUCUCGAGAGAGGAAGAAGAAGAAGAAGAAGCAUAUGAAUACAGGAAUUGUGAAAAGAAGAGUCAAUUAGAGGAAGAAGGGAUUGAUUCCAGGGCGGAGAAGUUCAUAGCUGAGUUCUAUGAUCAAAUAAAGUUUCAGAAUUGA